CUCGCCGGGCGAAGCUGUUGGCUGUUCCGCACUCGGAGCGUUACUCGCCUCCUCUCGUCCUCCCUCCCCAAACUCACUCUCGGGCUGCAGCGGUGCCCGUGCCCGCCGGUGGCUGGCGUGGGGCUGGGCUCUGGGGCGCAGCGCCCCCUACCCCGCCAUGGCUAGCGCAGCCUGGCUGAAGCUGGGGGCUCGGGAGGUGCUGGCUGCGCUUGGGAAGCGCCCUGGGCUCCGGGGCGCUCAGCGGGUCAGUGCCCUGCACAUAAAUGUGGCCCCCGUCACACAGAUCGCAACCAACAGCUACAUCCAAGGGGCCACCGCUAUUCCACUGCUCACCAAAACUGUGGGUCAGUGCCUGGAGGAGACAGCCCAUCGGUUUCCAGACCGCGAGGCCCUAGUGUUCUGUCGAGAUGGGGUUCGGAAAACGUUUGCCCAAUUCGUACAAGAAGUGGACCAGGCAGCAGCUGGACUUCUGGCUAUUGGCCUGAAGAAGGGAGACCGGCUGGGCAUGUGGGGCCCCAACAAGUAUGAGUGGGUUCUAAUGCAAUUUGCAACAGCCCAGGCAGGAAUCAUCCUGGUGUCUGUGAACCCUGCAUAUCAGGCCCAGGAGCUGGAGUUUGUGAUCAAGAAGGUUGGCUGUAAGGCCCUGGUGUUCCCCACUCAGUUUAAAUCCCAGAGAUACUAUGAGAUCCUGAAGCAAACUUGUCCUGAGCUAGAGAAAUCCAGUCCAGGGGGAAUAAAGAGCAAGAGGCUGCCAGACCUAUCAGUUGUAAUCACAUUAGACUCCAAGCUGCCUGGUGCGUUCCAGAUGAGCGAGGUGAUGCAGGCUGGGGACAGCAGCCAUAUGAAGCAGUUACGAGAGGUCCAGCAGACUCUGUCCUGCAACGAGCCCAUCAACAUCCAGUUCACUUCUGGCACGACUGGAAGCCCCAAAGGGGCCACCCUCUCUCAUAGAAACAUUGUGAAUAAUGCAAACCUGAUUGGGCUGAGGCUGGGAAUUGAUCAGCAGGAAUCCCGGACUGCCCUCCCCGUACCCCUCUACCACUGCCUGGGCUCCGUUGGAGGCAGUAUGGUGAUGGCUGUGCAUGGCUCCCCCGCUAUCUUCUCGUCCUUGAGCUUCGAGGGGAAAGCUGCGCUGGAAGCCGUGGCUCAAGAGAAAUGCUCCCUUUUACACGGCACUCCGACCAUGUUCAUAGACAUGCUCUCCCAGCCCGACUUCGACAGCUAUGACCUCUCGUCUCUCCGGGGAGGAGUCAUUGCAGGGUCCCCUGUGCCCCCUGAGAUCAUGAAGAAGAUUAUGACCAAGAUGAAUAUGCGGGAUAUUGUGGUUGCCUAUGGGACCACAGAGAACAGCCCUGUCACCUUCAUGGGAUUCCCACAGGACAACAUCUCCCAGAGAACUGAGACGGUGGGGUGCAUCUUCCCCCACACAGAGGCAAAGAUUGAGGAUCCUGAAACCGGGGAGAUUGCCGCUCUGAACAGCCCCGGGGAACUCCAGAUUCGAGGCUACUGCGUCAUGCUGGGCUACUGGGAAGACCCCGCCAGAACCAACGAAGUGAUCACUGAUGACAGAUGGUACAAGACUGGGGACAUUGCUGUCCUGGACAAGCACGGCUACUGCAAAAUUGUAGGUCGUUGCAAGGACAUGAUUAUCCGUGGAGGGGAGAACAUUUACCCAGCAGAACUCGAGCAGUUUCUACACACCCACCCCAAGAUUGAGGAGGUGCAGGUGAUUGGCGUGAAGGACCCGCGAAUGGGAGAAGAGAUCUGUGCCUGCAUCAGAGUGAAGGCCGGGCAGGAGUGCACGGCGGAGGAAAUUAAAGCCUUCUGCAAAGGGAAGAUCUCUCACUUCAAGAUCCCUCGGUACAUAGUGUUCAUGAAGAAAUAUCCACUCACCGUCUCAGGGAAGAUUCAGAAAUACAAGUUGAGAGAGCAGAUGGAGAAGCAACUUCUGUUCUGAACACAAAGGUGGAGGAUCGAAGAGAAGCACGAAUGGAUCCACCUCGGCCAGUCUGGUGUCUCUCCAUCCACACCAAGCCAAGAACAGCAGCUGGGAGCUGGUUCCCUGCCCCCACCACCCCGUUAUACGGCUGGCUACCUGAAGUCAGCCUGGUGAUGCUGUCAAUUAAAACAAAGAAAACCCUUCUUUUUC